AUGGCGGACGAUGGAGAGCAGCAGACCACAAACACUGUGGAGGAGCCCCUGGACCUGAUCCGGCUGAGCUUGGAUGAACGGAUCUAUGUGAAGAUGAGGAAUGACAGAGAACUCCGGGGGCGGUUACACGCUUAUGAUCAGCACUUAAAUAUGAUCCUGGGGGAUGUGGAGGAGACGGUGACCACCAUCGAAAUCGAUGAGGAAACCUACGAGGAGAUUUAUAAGUCUACGAAGAGGAACAUCCCCAUGCUCUUUGUCCGCGGUGAUGGCGUGGUGCUCGUAGCUCCUCCAUUGAGAGUUGGAUGA